UGGCGCCGCCGAGUUUCCCCGCUCCUGGGCAGCCGUGACCCCCGUUGAGCGGCGCCGGAGCCUGUUGGCGCUCGGCGGGAGCGGCCGUCCGGGCGGCCGUCGGUCCGUCGUGCGAUGCGGAGGUCGCCCGCGCCCCAUGGGCAGGCCCGGCCGCCGCCAUGCCGGUCAAGCUCAAGAACCGCUACAACCUGGUGGACGAUGCGGGCGACUCGCGGGUGCCGCUGCACAACGAGGAAGCCUUCCAACACGGCAUCCACUUCCAGGCCAAGUACAUCGGAAGCUUGGACGUGCCAAGACCCAGCAGCCGUGUGGAGAUUGUCGCAGCGAUGAGAAGGAUCCGGUAUGAAUUCAAAGCCAAGAAUAUUAAGAAGAAGAAAGUGAGCAUUGUCGUCUCUGUAGAUGGGGUGAAGGUGAUUCUCCGCAAGAAGCAGAAGAGAAACGAAUGGACCUGGGAUGAGGGCAAGAUGGUGGUGAUGCAUGAUCCUGUGUACAGAAUCUUCUACGUAUCACACGACUCCCAGGACCUAAAGAUAUUCAGCUACAUUGCCAGGGAUGGCACCAACAAUUCCUUCCGAUGCAACGUCUUCAAAUCUAAGAAGAAGACUCAGGCUAUGCGCGUGGUGCGGACAGUGGGCCAAGCCUUUGAGGUGUGUCACAAACUGAGCCUCCAGCAUGCACUCCAGAAUGCAGACGGGCAGGCCGAUGGUGCCAGCAACAAUUCAGCGGAAGAUCCACAGUUAGAAGGUUUCCAACUGGAAGGGCCUCCAAUGGCCGACAGAGAAAACAUCCUUGCCGACUCUGAGGGGCUGCAAGUUCCCGACUGCGGGGCUUGUGAGCUGUCCUCUGCCAUCCCAGACCUGGGAGUGCUGAAACUUGGACAGGUACUGAAGGAAAGGAGUAGCCAGGACAGUGAGAGCUGCUCUGUUCACCCCUCUGCUUCACAGGCCUUGGUGAGCCCCGCCAGCCCCUGUUCCUCUGCCUCAGUCACCCCGCUUGCUUCCCAGCACUGCCUACAGCUCCUUCGGCACCAGCUCCUCCAGCAGCAGCAACAGACCCAGGUGGCCGCUGCUCAGGUGCAGCUGUUGAAAGACCAGUUGUCAUCUGAGACCACAGCCCGCAUCGAAGCUCAGGCCCGUGUCCGCCAGCUGCUCCUGACCAACCGCGAUCUGCUGCAGCACGUCUCUUUGCUGGUGAAGCAGCUCAAGGAGCUGGAAAUCAAGGUGCAGCUACGGCAUCCAGUUGACCGCUCACUACAGAACUUGACUUUGGCUCAGUCACUCUCGCUCAAUUUGAAGAACCACUACAGCCUCGAAAUCAACCUGCCGUCCACCUCAACUCCUGCCAGUGUCCUGGGCAGCCCCGUGAUGCGGCCAAGUACCUGUGAAUCCUACCUGAACCUGGCCAACCUGGAGAAGGGCAGCAAGCUGCCCAACAGCACAGAGUGUGAGGAGCGCCUGGUGGUGCUGGAGGGUCCAGAUGGGCUCCGCAGUGUCGAGGGCUCAGAGUCUACCGACUGCAGCGUGCUCAACGGGACCAAACAACAGAAGUGCAAUGGCUCAAGCUGUCCAGUGCAAGAGGAGAGGUCGCAGCCGUUCAUCCCCAAGCUGAACCCACCUCCACCCACACUGAGGAGAAGGUCUAGUAAAACCACCUCUCCCAGCCUGGAAGCAGAGACCGUCCCCCCCAACAUCACAGCAAAUCCUGGAACUUCCUCGUUCACCAGCAUCUCCAUCUUCUCUCUCUCUAACUUAGAGUCCGAGUCAAGGACACAAGGAGGAUACGCUGGUGGCUGUGUAGAAGACCGGGGACAUCUCAGCCAGGAAUGGGCCAGGGAGGACAGAUGUACACUGCUGGCAAGGGGCAUUUUGGGUCAGGUGGAAAAGGGCCCAAUUAGGGACUCAGACAGCACUCUGGACAGCACACGGCCCUUCUCCUUGACAGGCAACGAUACCUGCUUGCACAUCAGCCUUUCAGAGGAAGAGUUGGACAACGCUGGGGCUUGUACCGCUCAUGCAUAAAGGUGCUUUGGUGUACACCAUUAACUGGAGCUGAUGCAAGAAUUGGAUAGUGAGGGAUAGAAAUGCCACAGGGGGCCCUGCAGCACCAGACGAGGUUUUGGAAGAAGUCACAGUUGAUUGCUGGUGACUCUGAAAAGCCAACAUAAGAAGGCUCUGAAAAGCCAACAUGGGGAGAAUUGCAACUGAGAGAAGGCAAUUGGGAGACUUUACAGUUUCCCCCACGACAGUCUUCCACAUGAAAAAAUGUCUUCCAUGAACACCAGGCAAUUCUACGGCACCAUGCAUGGAAGAGCCUGCCCAUUACCUUGAUGGAGUAUCCACCUGAGAACCCAUGAAUGGUAAAUGCUGGGAUUCCCAACACCUCAUAAGGGCCCUCAGCACAAUUUGCUGAACACUAGACUGUGUGUGAGACUGUUCCCACAGCUGGGGGAGGCCAUGGCAAUCAGCAUCCCAGACGCAAACAGGCAGAAGGGGGAGGCAUCUGUAUUGAACAGCCAACAACAAUCAGCAUCUGGGAGUUCAGCGAGGUUACCCCCAGUUCAGUGCACAAUUAUUUCCAGAUGGCUUCUUGGGAAUAAGAGGAGUGGGCCACGAAACCUGUUCUGCACGAUGAACAGACUUGCUAUGGAUAUCCAACUUCCAGAUCAAGGGGUUAGGAGCCGUCUUACUGCCAGCCCUACCUGUGGCUAAGCGUGAGGGUAUCCCAGGAGCCCCUGCCACCUUUGGAGCAGAAGCUGCUGUUGUCUUUGUGUAGUCUAAAAAUAUUCUUUUCCAAUCUUCAUUAAUGUUUGCAGGGAAGAAGCUAGUAUGGGAAGAGCUGUGCAGUGCUAGACUGAGAAAGCUGCCACUUUACACCUUUAAACUGCAAAAGACUGAUGCCCUGUAGACCCCCUCAAAGAGACCCAGUCCAGACACAUCUUCCCUUCCACCCGGGUCUACAUAUACACUGCCAGUGAUCAGUUCAUCGCUUCGUUUAACAUGCUAAUAGCGUAGCCACUGCAGGGCCCCAAAGAAAAAGAUGCAUCCAGAUUUUAUGUUAAUUGGCUGGCAUGGUCAGUUAGGAGACAGAUUUGCCCCAGCAGUGCACUCUUCUUUUUUAAGGCAGAACAAAUAUGUAUCCCAGCAAAGGGGCUUCCAGAUUCUUGGUAAACCCAUUUAUGGAAUUCCGUACAUCCCACCCCAGUGAAAUCCAACAACAGUUGGGUGGGCUGUGGGUUGGUGUGGCACAUGCGCCCUGCAAACAGACUAAGCAAGCAAUGUCCAAGGUUAAGUGAGCGACUGUGUCGCCCACUCAAAUUAGUGCAUAGUGGCCCUGACAUUUCCUCCUGGUCAGCCCCUACUGUAAGGUAGGAAAAGUUAGCAUUCAGUGUUUUCCUUCCCUGCUUUUCAAGGUGUACUUUAAAAAAAAAAGGAAGGAGUGACUUUUCAGAGAAAGUGGGAAAGAGUGUUACAGAUACCUUAGGCCCCCAAAACGAGCAAGCAAGCAAGAUGGUUCUACAUCAAGUCUGAAAUAUCCCUAGAAGCUAAAAUGACUAAACUGAGGCUAUCAUACUUUUGAGAAGAUAAGAGUCACUGGAAAAGACAAAUGAUGCUAGGAAAAGUUGAAGGCAGCAGGAAAAGAAGAAGACCCAAGAAGAGAAGGAUUGACUUUAUAAGGGAAGCCGUGGCCCUCAGUGUGUAAGACCUGAGCAAGACUGUUAACAAUAGAACAUUUUGGGGGACACUGGUUCAUAGCGUUGCCAUGGGCCGGAAGUGACAUGACAGUACUUAAUACACACGGGAGUACUUUGCACAUACCCUGUCCUUAAAAGAUGCUUCCAGCCAGAAGGAAAAGGCAUCAUGUGGGACCUUGGAAGUAUUUUGCCUUUCAGCUUUUUGUUUUUAACAUCCCUGUGUUAAGGAAAAUGCUGUGCACAUUCUCAGGGGGGGUUACAGCUGGCUAUGCCAGAGUUUUUGAAAACAAAUGAAAGCAACCCUAACAUCCAUUGCAAUGGUCUUGUAACUUUAAAAAAAACCCCCCAGAGAUGAUAGAGGCCACUAUUUCACUACAUCCUUGGUGGAAAAUUGGUACAUGGGUAUGGAGCAAAACUCGGCCCUCAUUCAGUUAUGUGAAUUGACUACUCGUGACUAUAAUGGAGGAAUUGGAAUUAACAGCUGUUAGCAAGAUGCAGGACAGGUUGCAAUAUCGCCUGUGCAGGGGGGCAUAAAAGGGUUAAUGACAGCAUAGAGCUAUGCAAAAGGGAAGGACAGUUUAAAAUCACCAAGAAAGAGAAGAGAUAAGAGUAAGUUGUCAAAAAGGAGGCGGGAGAAAGAGAAAGUAUUGCAAAGCAGGGACAUUUUGACUGUAACAAGUGGUUGUUGUAUCCUUUCCUGGGGGAUGUGGGAUGAAUCUGUAGUGCUAACGGUACAGUUAGCAGAAUUAUAACUUGUGCAUAUUAGCUGGGAUGUCCAAGUAUAACAAAUAGACCCCCAAAAAAUCAUAGAAAAGCAAUUUUCAGAAGCAGAUUUCUUAGCAUCCUCUGAGGUUGCAAAACUGGCCAGUAGCCAGUUGACAUAGCUUGUUGGUUACGCGUCCAGUUUGCUUCCAUGGACACCAUCAUGGGGAAAGCUGGACUACAUUGCGGGUGUGAACUGGCCCCAAAGUGAAACAGAUCUGUUUCUGUGGAUAAAGCCCAGAAAUCAGGAUGCGUCACUCCUGGCCCUCUUUACUGAAAGUGGGGCAGCCAGAAAGAGGAAGGUUUCCUUUGGCAGAAUUAACACUUAACACAAAGAAAGUGGUUGAAUGUGAGUUGAAGAUGGAGUUUGGGCAAGUCAUUGGAUGAAGGUUGGGGGUAGAGACAGUAACCGAGACUGUAAGCCCCCAACUUCUGUUAGUGGGAGCAGGAGAAAAAUAAAUAAUAAUGGACUGAUGGGGUAUCAUCACUUCCAGGAAAAUCUGGAAGUGAUAUCACUGCUUUAGGAACUGGCAGAAUUGUUGGCAAUUUCUAGAGAGGCAUGACAUCCUUUAAGAGCUUUCCCCAGAAGUGAUGUCACACCAUCACCGAUGGCCACCUCCCUGUGGCCCCCUUCUCCCAGUCUCUUGCUAGUUUCCCUAACAGUGACAGGUGUUCUUUCAGUUGCAAAGCUACAAUUCAUAGAGGUGGAAGGAGCAUCACAGAGACUACAUGGCCUAGAAUAGGAUGUGGAAUACCUCAGGUGUUGCCUAGCAACCACCACCACAAGAGGCCUAACUGUACAGGGCAGCUGUAUAAUUAAGCAUCAAGGUUGCCAAUUAACCAGAAAAAGGCUGGCUUGCUCUCGUGCCUUUAAAUAGAAGUUUAAUAUCAGUAAUUGAACUUUAUUGUGGCAUCAAAAUAAGUGCAAUCUCAUAUUGAUAUGUACACAACAGGCUAUUUUUAAAGGCCCAGUUUAUGGCAGGCUAAAAUAUUGCCCUACAAAGCGUCAAGUGAGAAUCUGCCCCAAAGUAGGGCAAAGUUCUACAGAUGUAUGUUCUCCCAUCACAAAAAAUGGCAGUUUCCAGUUUCUCAGGCGCUUGUCAAAUUGUGCGAUCAGGUUAGGUCCUCCCAUGCUGACACUGCUUUGUCCCAUCCACCAGCCAAGGGGAGGAAGAGGUACCCGUUUCUGUAAUCAAGUAGACCAUCCAAACCCAGUACUAGCUGCAGGUUCCAACUAUCUAGUUUCUUUUGGCACUCCUGUCUUAUUGCUCCUAAAGCUGUUUUCAGUAGAGGGAACAGUUAGGAAAGGGUUGAAUAGUAUGCUUAGCCACCCCAACACAACAGCCUGCUUAAUCAGAAAUUUACGAUCUAUAGUUCCUAGUCCCCGCCUUUGAUAUGUUUAUGAGUUUAUAUUUCUGAUGUUUUCGUUGCAGUUCUUGCUUUGAUCAAGCAGCCAGACUUCGUGCUUCGUUUGCAAGAACUAGCCUGAUAUUAUGCUACUGACCAGCCACCCACAUCAAAUGUUUGGCGAAUACUUGCUGAGUUUUCCGCCCAAGAACUAAAUACCUAUAAUUGUUUAGAGCCAAAGUCUCUCUCUCCAAGGAGUGUGGCACAAAAUCUGUUCAGAGACUGGUGAGAGGUGGCAGAGUGGGGGCUACCCAGGGUGUAAUUAGGACUGCUUGAGAACCAAUGAGGGUAUUUUCUAAACGUAUUCUGUAAUUUAUCAAAGUUGUUAAAGAGACAAAAAGGAGGGUGAACUUGCUAUAUAAACCUGUCAAGUGUUGUUGGGGCCAUGAGUUAUAAUUACAGAUUCCUAACUCCUCA